GUCAUUUCAUCACGCGUCGGCAACCACAACUUUCAGAUGCCGCCCAUAGCGCAGGUUCUGCGUGAACGGACGCAGGCGCUUACAGGGUCCAUAAGCACCCAUAGACUUCUUCUCUACGCUGUCUUCUCGUUCUUUGCCGUCUCUGCCGCCAUCGCGAAUGCAUUGAGAAACUACAGCAACUUCUACUCGGUGGCCAUAUAUCUGUCAAAGAGCAGCAGGAGUGUGCUCGUUCUCGCCAACUUUGGAUUCAUUGCGGCACUGUUGACGGCUCAUGUGGUUCAGAAAAUCUUCUUCGGUGCGCUACGCCCCAGCGAAGUCGAGCGACUAUAUGACCGCCUGUGGUUCUUCGUCACCGAGUCUCUGUUAGCAUUCACCAUCUUCCGGGACGAGUUCGACGCGACUUUCAUUAUGAUGUUCGGAUUUCUACUUUUCGUGAAAGCUUUCCACUGGAUCGCUGCCGACCGCAUUGAAUGGAUGGACCAACGGCCGUACCCGGGACCACCGCUUCUUUUCCACGUCCGCAUGAGCGCGUUGUUCUUUCUGCUCUGGAGCAUCGACUUCCUCGUCUUUAUGUUUGCUGUGGACAGUACCAUCGUAAACGGGAUUGGAGGCAUGGUUCUGUUUGCCAGCGAGUAUGGUAUCCUCAUGGCCACCGUUUCAAAUACGGUCUGCAAGUACUUGCUUUCAACGUACGAGUUCCGCCGUGCCAGUCAACGCGGAGGCGAAAACGCGCCUCAAUGGGAAAGCAAGAGCAUGUGGAUAUUUUAUGUCGAACUGGCGACUGGUGCGUCCAUCCUCUUGAUCCAAGGCGUCAUUGACUCCGAGGCAGAUUUCUUGAAGUUGACCACGUACUUGGUGUUCUUCCUGGUCAUCAUGACUUUCUACGGUCUUCCGCUCAACAUCCUGCGAGACGUGUAUGUCACCACUCGUUCACUCAUCACGCGACUCUCCUCUCUGCAUCGAUACCAGACUGCUACUCGCAAUAUGGACCAGCGAUAUCCGAAUGCUAGUGAGGCGGAAAUGGCUGCCAUGUCUGAUCACACAUGUAUCAUCUGUCGUGAAGAAAUGGUCUUGCCUGCACCACCUGCGGAAGCUGCUGCUGCCCCGGGAGCAGCACCGGCACCGGCACAAGACGGGCCGAAUACCACACCCAAGAAGUUGCCUUGUGGACACAUCUUCCACUUCAAUUGUCUUCGUUCUUGGCUUGAGCGUCAACAAAGCUGCCCCACCUGUCGGCGGAAUGUUCUCGAACAACCUCCGCGGCCCGCCAACAAUGCUGCAGCUCAAGCGGCAGCUGCCGGACCCGGAGUGAACCCUGCAGCUCCAGCUCCCGCUGUUGGACAGAAUAAUGCAUUCGGCUUGGUCAACAGAUGGUUUCCGCAACCUCAGCAGCCUAAUCACGGUCAAGCCGCUCGACCCUUCCCAAAUCUCAACGCCCAGAAUCCAAAUCCACCCGGCCAGCCGAUUUUAAUCGAAUAUCACGUUCAGCAACAGAACCCUCGCCAACCAGACCAACCAGCAGUCCAGCCACCGCCGCAAUUCCAAGGCUUUCCCGGUCCUGACGGCGCAUGGCAACCGUGGCCUCCAAUUGACGACGGUGCGCAGCAACCGCAUGAUCCUGGCGAGGUUCUUCCCGCCGCUUCAUCGGAUGCGACAUCGGUUACUCCGGCGAGCGACACACCACCAGAACCAUCAGCUGCGUCUCCAGCGGUGGCGUCGUCUGCAACCCCGUCUACUCCUCGAGAAGCUGCAGCUUUGGCUGCGUUGCGGCGAUUCAACAGUGGUGGGACGUCUGCUGCUACACGUGGGGAUAGUGCCCCUCAAACUGCUGGGCCGUCCCAAACAACUGGGCAAGAAGUACCCAAAUUGAAAGACCCCGAGGUUUUGACAACAGACGCACCCUCUGCCUCGACUGAGAAACGCGCCCAGUUGCCUGCGCUCAUCCCGCUGUACGAUUACAGCAAUGCAGGUGUCACGAGCUCAGCCCCUCGUCCAUCUCGCACCACCCGCACAGGCCUUCGCUCGGAAUCUCGAUACAACCCUCGCCCUCCAAUUUCGCAACUUCCUCCGAACCUGACGGAUGCACAGUUGGCUAUCAUGGACCAGGUCACUAGGGAGGCCAUCGACGAAAGACUGCGAGUUCUGGAGGGUGUCUCCAGCGCCGUGUACCGAUGCAUCGAUGACUUGAUGCGCAUGAGGAGUGCCCUGCCGAUUUCGACCCCGACUGCCACAGCUACACCUGCAGCGGCCUCGGGGACGGCAUCGUCGUCGACAGUGUUGGAACCCGGGCCCCAUACUAACGUGCCCACUGCGACAACAUCCCUCGAGCAAACAAAUGUGGCAGCUGUAGUCCCUCCAUCAGACGAAGGCGGCCCAUCCCAGCCAGAGCCUCCAACCGGACCAGUGGAAAACUUGGAUGAGACCGUCGAGAACCUAAUUCCGACGGAAAAUGGAGAGCUGCGAGUGGAAUGAAAUUACGAUUACAUAUUAGCUGUAACCAGAACUUCCGCUUUCUUCUUCACCAUGAUCGGGUCUACAACAGACUUGUCGACGGUCUUGUAAAAUAGCUUGAAUACAUCGCCUAGCUUAGGAGAAGUGUUCCCCUCGUCAGCCAGAGUUUUGAAAACGUCGCUCAGAUGUCUGUCGAUAUCUGUCUCGGAAAGCAGUGUAGGCAGGUAGUAAGAGAGGAUGUCGAUUUCGACCUGUUCCUUUUCGGCCAAGUCAGUUCGGCCAGCUGCAGUGAAUUGAGUGACGGCUUCAG